AAACCACAUCUCUCUUCCCACCCCUAAUUAUGGAUUACAUGUUUUCUCCAAGAAACAAUGAAAACUUGUUGCUUAAUUCGGACAAGUUAGCCAAUCAUGGAAAUAUUAACUUAAGACAAGAAGAAGAACAACAACCUUUGUUCUUGCACUUCCCUUCACCUUUCCUUGAUAACAUGGAUUCGACUACAAUACUUCCAAACCUCGACAACCAUCGUAUCUCCACCGACGUUUGCAAAACCACGGCCAAGUUGACCACGAACAACGUAACCUUGAAGCCAAAAUGUAGUGUAAGGAAGAAAAGAAGUGUUGGUAAGAAAGAUAGGCAUAGCAAAAUUCAUACAGCUCAGGGCCUUAGAGACCGGAGAAUGAGGUUAUCGGUUCACACAGCUCGCAAGUUUUUUGAUCUUAAUGAUAUGUUAGGUUUUGACAAAGCUAGCAAAACCAUUGAGUGGCUGUUUGCUCAAUCCCAGAAGGCGAUUGAAGAAGUCACUCAUGAAACUCUUCAAUCAGAUGAUGCUAAUACUCAAACAGAAGUUGGCAAGGAAAAUAAUGAGUGUGAAUCACCUUUGUCUGUCUGUGAAACCGAAUCUACUACCGUGAUGGAGAUCACGGCUAGUACAGACUUAGAUGACAAUUUGGAGCUCCAUCAAACACAACAAGUUAGCCCAUUUGACAUCGGAGAUGAGACCUCAGGAAAGGCAAUUAAAAGUUACCCAUCCGUUAAGGAAUCUAGAAGUGAAGCAAUUAGAUCAUCAAUAGCAAGGGAGACCACAAGAGACACGAUGAUGAUGAUCAAGCAUCUUGAGAAACCGGCGAAACAGAUGUUUCAAUUAUCCGAUCCUAGUGUUGAUUUCAAUCAAUCACAAUUAGGAUUUUCGAAAAAAAAUCUAGCAGAUAACCAUAACAUGGAAGAACCAUCAUCAUGUUAUCCACUAGAAUAUUCAAACACCUAUCAUUUUCUUAAGCACCUUAACUUGGAUAAUACUACUACUACUAGUGCAAAGAAUAAUAAUACCACCGGUACUUAUAAUUUGGGGAAUAAUAAUAUGACUUCCAUUUCAUCAACAACAAGUUGCUCCGUAUUUGAUUACAACAAAGCUCUUGCUGAACCACCGGCUGGCUGGUUAAAUUCAAGAAAUACAUUCUUGGGGUUCCUUGGUGGAUGGGACACCACAAAUAUUAUUAAUUCAAGAUCAAUGGAAUCCGCAAACAAUGGUAAUGAUGUGAAUGGACACAACAACCCGGCAUCAGGUAUAAUUUCCUCUGGUUUUUCAAAUUUCCAUAGUCAAGGGCGGUAAAAUAAUAUUCCUUGGAUCAUCAUCAUAUCACUGCAGUCGUCAUAUGAGCCACUACUAUAAUUAUUGUACCUUUAAUUACCAUCAUAUCGAUCUAUUUCGUUCGUUCGUUGAUCUUGAAAAAAGUUCAACUUGGUUAUAGGUUCAUUUGGAAUAAGUGGAGGUAGACUUACACCAUAUAUAUUGUAUUAAAUUUUUGGGUACGUCGUUGUUAUGUCAAUUAGUAUACAAAACUGGUACUUAUAAUCUCUAGCUAUA